AUAUUGCCAACUGGUAAGGUUUUCCUCCUCCGUCAUCGUACCGCAACUGGACAGACGCAACAGUUGUGUACGAAUGAUACGUUGAAAAAGUUGAGCUUGUAUUUAAAAAAAAAAAAAAAAAACCCACCUCAGAAUCUCGGGAAAAAAACGGGUUCGAAAUGUAAUGAUCCUGACUCUGCAGUUAUCCGACUUCUAUCGAAUCUCAUUAUGGGGAACCUAGACAACAAUAGCAUCGUCACGUGCGGGGAGUAAAUAAUUGAAAGUGCAAAAAUUGUACAAGAGAAAAUGUGAUCCCGUUGAAACCAAAAUUUUCAAAGAUAUUGAUUCAGAAAUAAAGGAAAAUAUGAUAUCUCACCUUUCCCUCGGUAUAAAUAUAAGCAUAAUUGCGAUCCUCCUAAUAUUCGGUGCUCUUUUUUGGCUACCACUAAAAAUGCUGCUCGAGACAAAUUACCAAACGUAUUGCGGUGAAAGCGACAAAAUAUCUUCAGUGAUUCGCGAUGAAAUUAUCGAAGCCAAUCCGGUAGAUUUUCGGAGUUUGAAACUCUGCGAGAGUUUGAAUUACGAGUCGAUUAUAAAAUCUCUUUACUACAGUAACUAUGACAAAAAUUGCGCACUUCCAAAAUCACCGUCGCGUACGAAAAAACUACCUUCGUCUCACGACCGAUUAAAUAAUUCAAAACUACGGAUCUUCGCCCAAAAUGUAGCCGAAAUGAUCGGCAGAGGUUUCGUCGAAGAAACCCCGGAAAAUACCACCUCCGUAUAUCAGAACAAAUCAAUGUACAUCGCGGGUCACAUAUUGGCCGUUAUGCUCAUCGCUUCGGCUGUCGCUGCGCUAGUCGAAGUUUUAAGGGCUCGACUGUCCGCAGCCAUUAAGGUAAAACCCGCUCCCGGUGAUUCUGGACCCGGCGAACAUGUGAGGACAUAUUCAUUCGCAGAUUUGGCGCAACGAAGGAAUUUCAAAAGAGAUACGAUUCAGGCGCAAAAGUCCUUCGAAAUCCAAGGGAUGAUGCAUCGUUCUCCGGUGCGGUUGCUAGCCGCUCGUCCGCCACCUUUACUCAGACGUUCGUCUUUUCCCGCUCACUGUCUAAGUAACAUCAGAAAGGACGUUGCGUUACCCCAACCAGCGAUCGGGAGGCUCUCGAGAAGACCUUCCUUCAUACUUGAUUCGGAGGAAGAUUUGAACGGGCAAACAGAUUUUCGAAGGCACAGUCGCCUGAUUCGUCGCCAUUGAAUCUUCUCCACAUUUGGUGUCGUCGAUCAAUACUUUUUCUUCACUCCAAUAAUUUUCCGGAGAACCCAAUUCCGCAGAUAUUUUUUUGGAAAUACUAAUUCGCUGUUGAAUUCCAUGAAUAUUAAUACUCUGUGUCGCAGGCUACACUCGGCAGAUAAUUACUCAUUAAAUAUAUACACCAACAAUCGGAGCGCUGCGAAUGAUUUUUCGACGGACUCUGUAAUCUCUACAAUUAUUUAUCUUUUUUCUUCAUUUACUCAUUAAUGAUGAUUACCCCAAAAUUCAUCAACGACACGCAUCAUUUCCAUACGAAUAAACCACCUUGCUUGAGAUCACCGCGGUUCAACGCUUGACUUAACAAAUUUCAGGUAAAUGCGUUCACGUCUGAUUAAACAAUUAAUAUGAUAGUCGACUUGUAUAUGAUAUUAUCAGAUUAAUGGCAGAUAAUUAAUAACUUACUCGGCAUUUUAUUUAUUAUUGUUAUAGCUAUCAUUAGUUUUCGUUCAGACUUAUAUCUUGUAAUAAUAGAAUUAUAGAAUAGUUCAAAAUACAUACGACUGACGUCUAUCUUACCGCAACUUGAUCGUCUUUUGAAGAAAAAAAUCAAAGAAAAAAUAACGCGAGGGUUUGAAUUUCUCUAGAUGCGUGUCUCAUACUUGUGCGUAUAUUUAUAUUUGUAUAACAAAUAUAAAAUCUAUACACAUGCAAAGUACACCGGAUGCAAAUUUCAACCUAGAGUGUGGGUAUAUACUAGUUGCAAUGAAUUUAUGAAUUUAUGUGCAUCGAAUAGAUCGCAUUAAUUGCAGUUUAAUUGCUACUUCAGUUAUACUUGCAUUUAAAAGUACAGUACAACAUGUACUUCGCACACGACAAUUAUUACGGUAUUUUGUCGUCAGAGAUUCGGGUCAUAGCCACGUCGUCACUUCUAUUAAGUGUCAUUGCUAAUAACGUAUGCAUUUAUGAUAUAUCCGCAUAAAUACCUACGUACGAACAGAUAUGAUUUAUAAUACAAAUUUAAAGAAUCGGAUAUGCAAUUUGAAAUGAGGUAUUCGUUGAUUCCAACAACCAAUCGUAGUACCACAAAUCGUCCAUACCAAAUCGAGACAAAUGAAAAAAAAAGUAAAUAAUUAAAAAUCCUAUAGUUCCAUGGACCGGGAUUUGUGACACUUCAAAGUAUUCUAGGUCGCCUGCAAUUAGGUGCCUGACUUUUGAUUCUUGAAAGAAAAUCGAAGUUCAUUCAAAGAAGAGUCUGCUAUUCAAAUUAUUGGGAAAUGACGCCACCUGGUCUUGACAUGAUUCCAUAUAUAUACUAGGUGCAUCUGGGUACUAGUAAUUCGUACAAGUUUUAAUACGUAAAUGUGCAUGUGUAAUAUUUGUAUAAGUAUACGUUAUGGAUGAUAUUUUAUUUGUACGUAUUUGGGGAGCAAAAUGUAAUUUCAAAUCGUGAGCCCGGAUCUGAACAGUAAUUUCUAAAAAAAAGGGAAAGAAUAAUAUAUCUGUUAUGAUUACAAUAACCGCGGUUUGCGGUGCAUAUGUGAUUUUUAAUAAGUGAGAUGUAUGUAGCUCUCUCAUGUUCAUUGAAUUAAAAAAAUUUUAAAUCGAUGUUAAAAUAAUUUCGAUGUCAUAAAGCUAUCGAAUCAUAUAAGGUACCUGCGGGAAUAAGGCCUAGCUGAGUGAUAUUUGUAAUAAAAUGACAAAUUUCCAAUUUAAUUGAUAAGUGUUGAUGUUAAUCAUCACUCAAAGGCAUUUUCUACAGAAUAUGAACAAAAAUUUGCAAAUUUAACCACGAACAAAAACAAAGCAGUAUUAUUGCUGCAUUCACAAGAUUAUUGAUCUCAAAUACCAAAUUUAUUAAGUAUAGUUCAAUUAUUUAAGUAUGCAUGCUAAACGCGUAGGCCUUAUUACCCUACUACACUUAAAAUUUUUCAAUCUUUGUUUGUUCACGGUAAAACGACCCUUUUUGGUUUAAAUUUUACAGAAAAUGCCCUUAAACAGUGAUUAACUUUAAAACUUGUGAAUAUUCUUAAUUUCAUUACGAAUAUCUCUUGAAUAGGCCUUUUCACCCGACAGGCCUUAUUACCCGCAGGUACUUUACCCAUAACAAUUGUUAUUAAAUUGUAACAACGAACCGUCAAAGUAAUUACGGUAGUAUCUUAGUUGAACGAUCUCUUAUGCCUGUACAAUUACCAGAUUUAGGUCUGAUAUUUUUGUUAAAUGUAACCAUAUGAAAGAAUAUACACAUACAUAUAUGUAUACCCAUA